GUCUCUGGUACGUUACAGUUGUGUCGCCAUUAUUCACAUAUGCCACCUCUUACUUUGGAGGGUAUCGAGGAGCGUGUGCUGUAUGUCUUGAAGUUGUAUGAUAAGGUAGAUCCAGAAAAGCUCGCAGUAAAUUCCCACUUCAUGAAAGACCUGGGCUUGGACAGUUUAGACCACGUGGAGAUCAUCAUGGCCAUGGAAGAUGAAUUUGGGUUUGAAAUUCCUGACGUGGAAGCAGAAAAGCUAUUGUGUCCACAAGAGAUUGUAGAUUACAUUGCAGAUAAGAAAGAUGUAUAUGAAUAAAGACAUUUCUUUGAAGUGGAGAAAUUCUCUUCUACCGUGCAGACUGGGAUGAUCUCAGCGGUCGUGUGACUGUAAGCGCACAUUACUGUACCAUUGCUGCAGUAGUUCUGUUGGACAUUGUAUUUAACGUCGUCUAAAUAUGUAUUGGCCUUUAAAACAAUAAAUAUAGAAGACCAUUA